AACACACAUUUUUUUCUUCAAUUUUUGCUCUACAAAUCUAAAGGGGUUUUUUUUCUACUUCUUGUGGUAUAUAAUGCGAUAAUAAAUGGUGUUUAAUUGACGAUUAGUGGUGUUGAAAUGGCAAGCAUAGUGUGCCCGAAACUUGGUGCUGUGCCAACGGGCCAACGGUCAUGCCACCAACUGGAGUUGCAUCCAAAGACGACACAGAAAAGUACGCAACCGGUUGCCCAUCGACUUGGGGAGAAUCUGGGGUUCGGGUUUCGCAGAACCAUCAAAAGUCCUCAUGCUUUGGCCACGGAGGUUUCCUUUAAAGAACCGAAGGCAUCUACCCCUCUUAACGAGAACGAUAAGAUGAUGGCGAACUACGUGCCAAUCUACGUUAUGCUUCAGUUGGGAAUCGUGACAAUUGAUAAUGUUCUUGAAGACAAAGUUGGGCUCGAGAAGCAACUGAAGCAAUUGAAGGGAGCCAAUGUGGAUGGAGUCAUGUGUGACGUUUGGUGGGGGAUCGUUGAAUCCAAAGGACCUAAAGAGUAUGAUUGGAGUGCGUAUAGGGUCUUGUUUCAACUUGUUCAAGACUGUGGGCUCAAGAUGCAGGUUGUUAUGUCAUUUCAUCAGUGUGGUGGGAACGUCGGAGAUGUUGUCAACAUCCCGAUCCCGCAGUGGGUUCGUGAUGUUGGAGAAACGAAUCCGGAUAUCUUUUACACCAAUAGAGCCGGGAAUCGUAACAUAGAGUAUCUCACGAUUGGUGUAGAUGAUCAACCGCUCUUUGGUGGCCGAACUGCUAUUGAGAUGUAUAGGGACUACAUGAAGAGUUUCAAAGAGACCAUGGCUGACUUUUUGGAAGCGGAACUAUUUACGGACAUUGAGGUCGGGCUUGGUCCUGCGGGGGAGCUCAGAUAUCCCUCGUACCCACAAAGCCAAGGCUGGGUUUUCCCUGGUAUAGGUGAAUUUCAGUGCUACGAUAAGUAUCUCCAAGCGGAUUUCAAAGAAGCUGCAACCAAUGCCGGACACCCCGAGUGGGAGUUUCCGGAUGAUGCUGGAGAAUACAACAACAACCCAGAUGUAACAGGUUUCUUUGGAUCAAAAGGUUACCUUAGUGAAAAAGGGAAGUUCUUCUUGACUUGGUAUUCCAACAAGUUAUUGAUCCAUGGUGAUCAGAUCUUGAACGAAGCCAACAAAGCCUUCCUGGGCUGUAAAGUGAAGUUAGCUUGCAAGAUAUCGGGUAUCCAUUGGUGGUAUAAAGACGAAUCACAUGCUGCAGAGCUAACUGCUGGAUACUACAACUUGAACGAUAGAGACGGGUAUCGCCCCAUUGCACGAAUGCUUUCAAGGCAUUAUGGUGCUUUCAAUUUCACUUGUUUGGAGAUGAGAGACUCAGAACAAGAUGCAGCAGCCAAAAGUGGACCUCAAGAACUCGUCCAACAGGUGUUUAGUUCGGUGAAAAGAGAAGACGUUCAUAUCGCAGGUGAAAAUGCACUUGAACGAUAUGACCGUGAUGCUUACAAUCAAAUUCUUCUGAAUGUGAGACCAAAUGGAGUCAGCAGAAAUGAACCACCAAAACUGAAGAUGGAAGCCUUGACUUUCCUUCGAUUAGGAGACGAGUUACUUAAAAAGAAGAAUUUCAGGCUAUUCAAAACAUUUGUGAAGAAACUCCAUGCUGAUCAGGCAUACAACGCUGAUCCACGAACAUAUUCAAGUGUAGUCCCGUUGGAGAGAUCAAAACCCGAGAUUCCAAUUGAGGAACUGCUAAAAGCAAGUGAAUGGCUUGAACCAUUUCCUUUUGAUGAUCAAACAGACAUGAGUGUCGGGGGUAAACUCAAUGAUUUUAUCGAUGGUCUACUUGACAAGAUCCCUUUCUUCUAAGACAAAUGAAUGGAAGGAAGGAUGGAUGGAUGGGUGGAUGGCACAUAAUGCAGUUUUAGAAUUUCAAGUUCAUUCUAUUUGUAUACAAAAUGAAUAAAAGAAGAAUGGCUCUAGGCUCUGCAAGUGUUAAAGAAGGUGUCUUUGCAUGCAGCAUGUUACAUAAGAUACUAAGUUUCAUCUUUUUCAGAAUAAAAAGCUCUUUCACCUCACAAAAGGGUCAAGAAAGAUGGUGUAACUAUUGUAUGUAUGGUUCAUCGAUCUUUUAUGCAUGCUUCCUAAUCCUGA